AUGAGCUGUGGCUCCAAGCAGACCUCUAAAAGCUGCCUGCGAGGGAGUAGUGGUGGCAGUGCUAGCAGCAGUGGUGGAGGGAGCAGUAAGUAUUCCUCUGUCUCCUCAAGAAGAAUCACUUCCAGGACAAGUGGUGGUGGCAGGACUUCUGGCAGCAGUUGUGGUGGAGGAAGUUCCAGGAGCAGCUACGGUGGGGGAGCCAGUGGUGGCAGUUAUGGGAAGAUCAGGCGCAGUAGUUACGGAGGAGGAAUGAGCUGUGGUAGUUGCGGAGGAGGAAUGAGUGGUGGUGGUUAUGGGGGAGGAAUGAGCAGUGGUGGUUACGGAGGGGGAAUGAGCGGUGGUGGUUAUGGAGGGGGAAUGGGCUGUGGCAGCAUGGGAGUAGGCUUUGGAUCAGGUGGAAGUGGGUUUGGUGGUGGCUAUGGAGGAAGCUUUGGUCGCGGUGGUGGUUUCAGCAGUGGCAGCUUUGGCAGUGGUGGCUUUCAUGGAGGGAAUGUGGGAAUUCUUUCCAACGACGAGAAGCUGACCAUGCAGAGCCUUAAUGAACGCCUGGCUUCUUACCUGCAUACGGUCAGAAAUUUGGAAAUGGAAAAUGCUCAGCUUGAACAAUUAAUCAGGGAGUGGUACCAGAAGCAAGGUCCUACUGGUACAAAGGACUACACCCACUACUAUGAAACAAUUGAAGACCUUCAAAAUCAGCUUGUGACUGCGACUGUGGAAACCAACAGGGUACUUUUGGACCUGGAUAACACAAGGAUGACUGCAGAAGACUUCAAGAUAAAGUAUGAGACGGAAUACGGUCUCCGGCAGAAUGUGGAGGCUGACAUUAAUAGCUUGCGACCCUUGUUGGAUAAUCUGACUCUGAGCAGGUCUGACCUGGAAAUGCAAUUUGAGUCUCUAAAGGAGGAGAUGAUUGACCUCAAGAAGAACCAUGAGGAGGAAAUGAAAUCGCUGCAAACGCAGUCCAAUGGUGAUGUGAAUGUGGAGGUGAAUGCUGCUCCAGGAGAGGAUCUGCUGAAAAAACUGAAUGAUAUGAGACAAGAAUAUGAAAAUAUUAUUCAGAAAAACCGUGAAGAGGUUGAAAGGUGGUAUGAAAGCAAGAUGGAGGAAGUGAGUCAACAAGUCCACUCAAGUGGCCAGGAAGUGGAAUCAAGCAACCAACAGAUCUCUGUGCUGAGACGUGACUAUCAGAGCCUGGAAAUUGAGCUGCAGUCGCAAAUCAGCAUGUUACAGUCUUUGCAAUCCAACUUGGAAGACACAGAGCGUCGCUACAACAUGCAGCUGCAGCAGAUCCAGGGUAUGAUCAGCCCCUUGGAGGAGGAGCUGGCCAGCAUCUGCUGUGAGAUGGAGAGUCAGAACCAGGAGUACAAGAUGCUCCUGGGCAUCAAGACCCGCCUGGAACAGGAGAUUGCUCAGUACCGGGCACUGCUGGAGGAAGGGCAGCAUGGUAUUAGCAUCUCACAGGGAGGAGCUGGUGGUGGAUCUUCAGGAGGAGGAGGUCAUGGAGGAACUAGCUGGUCUUCUGGACGAGGAAGUAGUGGAGGAGGAAGUAGCUGGUCCUCAGGUGGAGGAAGCAGUGGAGGAAGAGUUGGAGGAUCCUACGGAAGAACUUCCUCUUCCGGAGGUGGAGGAGGAGGGAGCGGAGGAAGAAUGGGAGGUGGAGCCUGUGGUAAAACUUCAGGUGGAGGAAGUGGCAGUGGUGGAGGAGGACAGGGCAAAUCCUGCCUCUCCCACUCUUCAUCUUCCCACUCCCAGUCUGGCAGCUCUUGUGAAAGCCAAGGAGGUGCUGAAAACCUGAAGCUCUGCCUGGAUGGGAAUAGAACAUUGGAGAGAGGAGCAACAAUGGAGGAAGUGUCCGAAGCUAUAAAAACGAUGAGAUUGGGGAGUUUUAGAAAGCCUGAGGACUGAUUGGCAAAACCAGCAUCUUCCACUGCAGGACCUCACCAGUGGGCCUUUGGACCAAGCAAGAACAUACCGAGCAUGUCCGAUCACGCCUCUGCAAAGAGCAAGAGGCAAACACUUGUUCAAGUUACUCAACACUGUUCACUCCAGGGGGUCAUCAGACUCUUUGGAUGGCCUACCUGCUGCUUUCUUCUGAAUUUCUGUGCCUAAUCACUGUUACCUGAGUUAAUCUCUACUGUGAUUGGUAUUCCUGUGGAAAAAAAAAAAACCCAACAAAAAAAUAAACGCUA